CUGGAGGAGGGAUCAUGUCCAGAUCUAGAUCGCCUCCCGGAAGGGUUGUGGUCGUCCUCCCCCACUGAUGUAGGACUGGUAAAGGGGUUUCCACCUUACAAAGUAAUUGUGAAAUCAGAACACCGUCCGGUAGUUAGACAAUACCCGUUAAAACCUGAAGCAGAGAAAGGUAUAGCCCCUGUAGUGCAGGAUAUGUUGGCAUCAGGAAUAUUGCGAGAGGCUCCUGAGGCCACUUGCAAUACUCCUAUAUUCCCCGUCCAGAAGGGACAUACAGGGAAAUGGCGCAUGGUGCAGGAUUUAAGACCAGUAAAUGAAAUAGUACAACAUGCUGCACCAGAUGUGCCUAAUCCACACCUUUUGUUAAAUUCCUUGUCCCCUGACAAGAAGUAUUUUUCAGUAGUGGAUCUGAGUAAUGCCUUUUUCUCAGUACCACUACAUCCUGAUUCACAACACUUAUUUGGUUUCACUUAUAAAGGACAUAAAUACACAUACACUAGACUCCCUCAAGGGUUUUCAGAAAGUCCACAUGUAUAUACAAUGGCACUACGCUAUUCAAUGAGUUCCUGUAAAAUACCAUCCCAUAGUCAAGUGCUACUGUAUGUAGAUGAUAUAUUAAUUGCUUCAGAUACAAAACAGCAUUGCAAAGAAGCCACACUGUUAGUGUUACAGCAUUUGUAUGAUACAGGACAUAAAGCAUCAAAACAAAAAUUACAGUAUUGCAGAGAGGAAGUUAUAUAUCUUGGACAUAAACUCUCCCAACAAGGUCGAUCAUUAUUAGAAACUAGAAAACAGGCAAUACAAGAGGCACCAAAGCCAAAGACUAAACAGCAAAUGAUGUCCUUCUUAGGACUUUGCAAUUAUUGCAGGGAAUGGUUACCUGAUUAUGCUGCACUCGUUCAACCUUUACAAACCCUGAUUUAUGGGAAGGACAUGGCACUGAAAGAUAAAAUUCAGUGGACAAAAGAAGGAGAAUUGGCAUUCACAAACUUAAAAAUGAUGUUACAAACUAAUGUGACACUUGCUCUGCCAGAUUAUCAACAACCAUUUACCCUAUGUGUUGAUGCAAAUCAAGGGUAUAUGAAGGCAGUAUUAACACAGCCAUUCGGCGCAAAAGAGAGGCCAUUAGCGUUCUAUUCUAAACGACUAGAUGCAGUGGCAGCUGGUUUUCCGCAGUGUUUGCAGGCAUGUGCAGCUGCUGCAGAAGCAGUGAAAUUAUCAGCAGAAUUAGUGUUGUGUCACCCACUCACUUUGAAGGUGCCACAUUCAGUUUCUUUAGUUUUACUGCAGACGCCACUGCCAUUCCUCACACAUGUUAGACAUCUGACCCUAGUCUCACUCCUGCUUUCACAGUCAAACAUCACAAUACAGCGAUGUGGUCCUCUCAACCCUAGCACCCUUCUUCCGACAGCGGAAGAUGGAGAGCCACAUUCAUGCAAAGCAGUUGUGGAAGAACAAACCAAACCAAGAGCAGAUAUUUUACAGACCCCAAUACCAGAUUCAACGGUUGUUUUUGUAGAUGGAUCAGCAUCAAAAAAUGACAUGGGGAAGAACAAGGUCGGAUAUGCUGUAGUUACAUCUACUGAAGUGUUGGAGGCCAAUGCACUUCCCCCUGCUUGUUCAGCACAAGCGGCUGAACUCUAUGCUGUAAUUAGGGCAUGUGAGCUCUUCAAAAACAAGCCACUUACAAUAUACACUGAUAGUCAAUAUGUGUUUGGAGCUGUUCAUCACCAUGCAAGAGUGUGGAAAAAUAGAGGAUUCAAGACAUCGCAAGGAACAUCUUUAACUCAUACGAACCUAUUACUCAGGUUGUUAGAUGUUGUGCAAUUACCAAAUUGCCUUGCGAUAUGCAAAUGUAAGGCACACCAAACUGAUGCUUCCGCAAUAGCUAAAGGAAACAGUUUUGCGGACGUGACGGCGAAAGGUGCUGCACAAAAACAACCUGCCUUAAAUGUUACAGAUGUCUUGUUGAUAGAUAGUGAUGUACUAUGUGAUGCACAGACUCAUGCACCUAAAACAGAAAUACAGAGCUGGAUUAAGAGAGGAGCAAUACAGCAAGGGAAAACUUAUUAUAUGAAUGACAAGCCCAUCCUACCAAAAAAUUUAUACAAGACAGCUGCCUUAGUGAGCCAUGGAAACACCCAUGUCUCAACAGGAGGGAUGGUACAUAUUAUUCAACAAUACUUUUAUACUAUAAAUUUUUCUGAUUAUGCAAAACAAUUUUGUCGAGCGUGCUUAAUUUGCUGUAAACACAAUGCACAAGGCAACAUAAGGCCAAAACGUGGCCAGUUUCCCGCAGCUGAGUAUCCAUUUCAAAUUGUACAUAUGGAUUUCAUUGAAUUAUCUUGGUCACAAGGGAAGAAGUACUGUCUAGUCGUUAUAGACACCUUUUCUAAGUGGGUAGAAAUAUACCCUGUAAAACACUGUGAUGCAAUGACCGUUGCAAAAUGUUUGGUAGGCCAUUAUUUCCCUACCUAUGGCAUACCUCAUAUUAUAAGAUCGGACAAUGGGACUCAUUUUGUAAAUCAGACCAUGUCCCUUUGCUCACAAGCAUUAGGGUUUACGAUCAAAAAUCAUUGUGCUUAUCACCCCCAGAGCGCAGGCUUGGUGGAAAGGACCAACGGCACCAUUAAAACAAGACUCAGAAAGACAGUGGAAGAGACAAAAGACCGUGGCCAGAAUGUUUGUCUCUAGUAAAAUUAUGGAUGAGAAUAACUCCCACUCCUGCAGGAUUGACACCAUUUGAAAUAGUGUAUGGUAGACCGUUUCCCUUAGCAACCGAAAUGAGUGAUAUAGGAAAAGCAGACAGAGAAAAUACGUUAGCCGAUUGGAUGCGUAAGCUAUUAUCAUCACAACAAAAACAUAACCCCAGUAGUCUGCCAGUAAAUUCUGUUUCUGUUCAACAGGAUAAUCUGCAGCCAGGAGAUUGGAUCCUGGUCAAGGUCCUGUUGCGAAAGGAUUGGAGCACGCCUCGGUGGGACGGACCCUAUCAAGUCCUGCUCACAACACCAACAGCGGUGAAAAUAGCAGAGCGACCUUCCUGGAGACAUAAGAGUCACUGUAAGCCCAUCAAGCCCGUAUCAGAGACCUCUGUACCUUCGGAGUAGCAGUGGAAGUCCGCUACAAAGGCGCAGCAAUCAAUAGGAUACUGACGUCUCAACCCGGUGAAGAAAACAGCUGAUCUGCACUCCAUUUAGAAUGGCUCUGAUUGGGUGGGGAUGUGGUAAGGUAACUCUCGGUGUAAUUCUCUUUAUGGGAUUUGUUGGUCUGCUUCUGCACUCACCAGAGCAGGUGUUUCGCCCACCUAGAUGGACACAUGACGGCUCCCACCUGAGACCCAUCCUUUCCUACAAAACUACUGGUACCGUUAUGUUUAUGAUUCAGCAAAGAAAGACAAUUUAACUAAUUGUUAUGUCUACACACUUUUAAUUCUGUUUUUCUGCUAUACACUGCAGAAGAACGAAUGGAUUUACUAACCUUGUCUAGCCCUCUUAAUAAUGAUGAUGAUGUGAUCUGAAUGACGGUUGUGCUGAAAGUGUUUUUGCAAUUUGUACAAUACUGAUGCUUCUGAUCAUACUGUCAUGAUAAACAGGAGGGACUGUUAGGUUGAAGAAACUGUUAGUAAUCAUUUGUUAUCAUUUCUGUAUAAUCAGCAAUGAGUGUAAAUAUGUAUAUACAUUAUUUUGUUUUCCUUUACCUUCAUAAUUUAGAUUAUAUUAGUUUACACGUAUCCUGAGCACGUGUUUAAAUAGUUGUCUACCUGAGGAAAACCAGAACUUCUUCUUACUCUCACAGUCCUUUCUUUGUUCUCACUCCAAGACCCCUGCCCCCCAUUGACUAUAAAUAAAGGUGCCAAGGGGAACCACCCUUUGUAACACAUUCCUUUGUAGCCUAGCAUGCAGAGAGUGUGGUUACCCUUGUGCAAGUAAAACUCUAA